AUGGGCUACUUCGUCUUCAGGUUCGACGUGAAGCGCCUCUUCUCCGUUGACGAUGACGACGAGAGCAGAAGCCGAAGCCGCCGCAGGCGACCUCGGGAGGUGCUCCCGUUAUCUCCAAGCCACGUGGCUUGCUUUCGACGUCCACUCAGCUUCCCCAUGGACUUGGCCGCUUCUCCCGGCGGGGACAAGAUCGUCGCUGCCACCACGGACGGGCACAUCAUGGUCUACGACGCCACCAGGUCCCAGUACACCUACGACCACGACCUACGCUGCUGGAAGCCCUGGACCAUCCUCCUCGCCUUAAGCAGCAGCCGCCGCCGCGACGACGACAUGUCAAUGCUGCCCCUUCCCGUUCCUCCGCGCCUGCUGUUCGGCGACGGCGACGAGGUUGAGGUGACGUCCUACUUCGUCGCCGGCGGGCGCGUGUGGCUGUCCGUAUGGUGCCGGUGCGACGGGGUCAAGGGAACCUACUCCCUGGACAUGGCGGCACCAACAAAGCUUGGUUGGCGCCGCGAGGGGAGCUGGGUGCUGCCCCUCGUGGGACGAGCGGUGUACGCCCCUGACCUGGGCCUGCUCUUCGGCUUCAAGCGCCGGCAGCAAGCCCUGCGCGCCAUCGACAUCAAGGCCAGGCCCCGGCCGGUGAUCCGGCAGGAGUGGACGAAGGCUCUCCUCCCUAGCAAGGACGAGGGCUACUCUCCUAAGCAAGACUAUCUCCCCUUCGGGGGCCUGGCCUACCUUGGAGGAGGCAGGCUCUGCAUCUCAUGGUCCAGCGCCUACGGGGACGAACGCAUGAUUCUCGCCCUCACGGCGGUGGAGGUGACGAUGACGAAUAAGGAAAGUACUAGUAAUGGGGGGCCGCCGCCGCCGCAGCCGCCGGAGCUGCUGCUGCGCAAGCGCAGGUCGCGCUGUUACCGUCUGCCUCCGAACAGUCAGAAGGCCACCGUGCUCCCUGUCCUGUAG